AAGAUGAGCAUUGUUGUUGAUGGAUUGAAGAUAAGUAUUGUUGUUGAUGAAUUGAAGAUGAGUGUUGUUGUUGAUAGAUUGAAGGUAAGCAUUGUUGGUGAUAGAUUGAAGGUAAGCAUUGUUGUUAAUGAAUUGAAG